GGAGCGGUGGGAGCCCAACCUCAGGUCGCAACUAGGCCUUUUUUAGAGGUGGGUUCAAGAAGGGAUCUCAAAGGCGGUACAAAAAGGUAGAUCAAAAGUGCCGCCCUGUUCCAGUGCUGGUAGCCGAGGAAAAGGAAGUAUACUACGAGCGGGAGAGAGAAUUGAUACGGCAGAUGUGGGAGAAUGCUGAGAGUAUGCCAUGUCGUAUCAACCUGGAGACCGAGAAGGCGCUGAUUAUAGGGGAGCCUGACUUCCUUACAGUGCAGGAAGAGAAGCUUAUGGUGGACACCAUAAGAGGAAGGCACACUGCAUAUGCCUUCAAUGAUGACGAGAGAGGACGUCUGGACGUGGAUAAAAUCCCCAUGAUUAGGAUACACACCGUGCCGCAUGAGCCGUGGAAUUUGCGGGGUGCACGAUAUCCUAAUCCAGCUGAUGAGGACAAGGUAGUCAACUACCUAGAUGGGAAGAUCCGCACGCAUAUAUCAGACUACUCGAGCGGGCCGUAUGGAUCCCCCUGGUUUUGCUUGAUUAAGCCAAAUGGGACGUUGAGACCAAUGACGGCGAUGCAUACCCCUCGAGGGUUGAUCCACAUGAACGUCGCACCACAGGGGUGGACAAAUGCGGUCGCCAUGGUCCAGAGGCACAUGGUGAGGGCGAUGCAGCCAGUAAGCCCUCACAUCACUCAGCCUUACAUUGAUGAUUUGGCCGUGAAAGGGUCGAAGAAGAAGGAUGAGCGGGAGGUCAUGCCGGGAAUCGGACAGUUUGUCUGGGAUCAUGUGCAAGACUUAUGUCAAGUCGUGGACUUGUUAAAGGAGCAUAACCUCACCGCGAGUGGGCCAAAAUCCAAGCAUUGCAUGAGUGGUGYCACUAUCUUAGGAUUUGUGUGCGACGAGAGGGGUCGUCGGCCAGAUACUAAGAAGACGAACAAGAUUCUCGAAUGGCCAACCCCGUUCGAGACGAUUACAGAAGUGAGAAGCUUCCUCGGCACAUGCGGGUCUUGGAGAAUAUUUAUUAAGGGGUUUGCGGCGAAGACAGAGCACUUGCGAAAGCUUGUGCGUCAAGGCCAAGAUUGGGAGUGGGGAGAAACGCAGGAGGUGGUGAUAAGGGACCUGAAGAAGGAGUUUGAGGAAGGAGGACUGGUACUGAGGGUACCAGACCAUGCUGCUGUAAUGACCAGGCCCUUUAUCGUAGAAACGGACGCAGGACCGACUGCCUUAGGAGGGGUUUUGAUUCAGAAGGACUUCAAUGGAGAGGAGUGGCCGCUAAGAUUUGAGAGUCGAACGCUUAACACCGCUGAACGAAACUACUCACAAUUCAAGCGCGAGACCUUAGCAGUCCUCCACUGCCUGAGGAUCUUCAGAAACUACCUCUUCGGCAGCAGGUUUGUAUUAAGGGUGGAUCCAACUGCUCUAGCAGCUCUAGCAGGAUAUGUGCGAUUGCUAGGGUCAGUCCUAAAACCCUAUGUGGAAGAAAACUCGUGGGGAAAGCCGGAUGUGGAAUGGAUGAUGGAAUUAGCCUUGGCGGAUAAGCAUCAACUGGGGGAGGACCUGAUCACUGUGGAGAAUGGGGCCCAGCAAGUGGAAAAACACGAGAGAUCGGUAGGAGGAGUCUACCUACUGGCCAAUGCCUUACUGCAAGAGGAAGCGACCAGAAAUGUUGGGCAAGAUCAGGAGAGGAGUGAGAGCGAGGUAUAUGAGAGAGAAGAAAAGGAUUUUGAGGAAGGCGAAAUCAAAGAGGCCUUUCGAGCAGAAGAGUACGAUGGGGUCUACCUAGAGUUCGGAAUGCUUCUUUCAUGUGAAAUGAGGGAAAGGGAUGCAAGUGAAAAAGUCCUGAAGAUGCGGCUAAACUUUCUGGUGAGAGAUGGUCACCUGUUUAUGAAGAGAAAAGGGAGAUUUCCAAGGAGGGUGGUUUGUGGCAUCGCUCGUCAGAUUGAUGUCAUAGUUGCCCUGCAUGAUGGCACAGCAGGUGGGCACAGGAGUACGGACACGACGUACCUCAAGACAGCAGAAUUGUUCUUUUGGGAUGGCAUGGGCAAAAUGAUUGACGACUAUUGGUUCGUGGAUGGAAGGGCCAUCCGCACUAAGACUGGUGAGACGUUGGCGCGCUGCAUCGAAGAGUAUUACCUCCGAUAUCCCUUCGUCUCCAGAUUUGUCAUGGAUAGGGGGUCCGAAUUCACCUCUGCAGAGGUAAAGGCGCUUCUACUAAGAUAUGGGGUGAUUGCUGAAUACACUACUGCAGCGCAUCCCCAAGCAAAUGCGCCGGUGGAAAGCAGACAUAGUACCAUCUCGAACCUUCUCGCAAAGUGGACUAGUGGGAGGCCGAAUCAGUGGCCAGAUUUUCUGAGGGUCGCGUUCUUCGUGGACAACAUCACAGUCAGGGGGAGCAAUGGUUACGCUCCAGCCACAUUAUGGUAUGGGAGACAUGCGACGUUCCCUAUUGAAAGCUUCCUAAAAACUUGGAGGCGGCAGAACCUCGAAACGGAGUUGACGUUUGAGGAACUGCUGGACUUAAGGGCACGUCAGAUUGGCACCAUAGAAGACCAUAUUGAGGGCGCGGCAAAUAGGCUGGCUGGUAAUCGGGCUCAGGACAAGUACAGGUGGGAUCAAAUGGUCAGGGUAAGGAAGGAACCUCUCAAGGUGGGUGACACUGUGCUGUUAUAUGAUUCAUCCCUGGAGAAGCAGUGGUCACGAAAGUUGGACAAGCGGUGGUUGGGACCCUACAAGGUCGCAAGAGUUGGAGAGUAUGGCGCAUACCAAAUUGAAGAGCUGAAUGGGACCGCUUGGAGGGACUGGGUGUCUGACUCGAGGUUGAAGAAGUUUGUCGCUGGAGAUGAGUUCAGGUGGGAUGGAGCCAGGAUGCUGAGGAAAGUGCGAGGAGAGGGCGAGUGGGCUGAGCCCAUUGCCAAGUAUGUGCGAGAGUCGGCAACCUGGACAGAGUUUGAGAGGAAGAUGGAAGGGAUAGAUCCAUCACCUGUGGGAAGAGAUGAAGUGCCGAUCCGGUUCGAUGGGACGAACCUGGAGAAGUUCCUGUGGGCGUACGACCGAUUUGCAGAUGAGCAGAACGUUGAGCCUAAGUCGAGAGUGAAGGGGUUCCUCCUGUUUGUGAGGAGGCAUAUCAGGCUGUUCGUCAAGAGUGUGGUGGAAAAAGCAUUACACUGGGGAGACUGCAAGCGGUUAUUGAGGAGUCACUGUACUGCAGCACGCCAGGCAGAGGAAAGGAAGAGCAUGGAGAAGAAAAGGAAGGAGCCUGAGGCUGAGGGCAGGAGGAACUUUGAGAGGGGUGCAUCGUCCAGGUCUCAGGAGGGUGAGAAGAGGAGAGAGCAUGCUUCCCACAAGGCAGAGAGGAAGGAGGAACAACCAUCUGAGAGGGCACAAAGGAGGAGAUGGUCAGAGGUGCCAGAGGCUCCUCCCCAGCCAGUUCAGAGACUUGCUCACCCUGAGAGGGACGAUGAAGGGGCUGCAAGAGGACUUGAGGGGCCACAACAGGAGAUGGGGGUGAAGUUGGUCUACGCAGACUUUCUCACCCUGAGAGGGACGAUGAAGGAAGGAUUUGCAGCAGCUCGGGCGUCAGAUCAGAGGGUUGGAGAAAGGUUGACCAAGGUGGCACAAAAGGCCUAUGGUCAGAGGGUGGAAUGGGAACAGGAGAUUAGGGAGCUGAAGGCGAACCAGGAGAGGCAAGAGCGCGAAUUGAACGCGCUGAAGAUGGAGCUAGAGAAGGCCUGGGGAGGCAAUGAGACGAUCAGGCAGGUGAACCAGACCCUCAACAAAGUUAACGAGGCUCAGAGGGCAUACCAGCAGGCUAGGCAGAUUUUUUUCCAGACAAAGGAGAGAGAGUGGGAAAAGAGGAUCAAGGAGUUGGAAACAAAGCUCGAGCAGAGAGCACCCACGGCCUUGGUGGAUUGGACUGAAGUCCAAGGGUUUGAGAUGAAGAGGCCACCUGCAAAAGAAGCCUUCAGAAGUCAGAAGGAAGAAAAAAAGGCUGACCUUUAGGAAGGAGAAGACAUACCCUUGUGGGAUAAGGAGAUGCUGCAGCCUGAAACAGU